GUGCCCUAUACUCACUAUAAGACACCAUGGCGCGUGCACUGUGGUGGGUUGUGAAUGGCGCAUGCGCAUUUAGUUCCAGUGGGUGCGUGCGCACUCUGUGUGCUGGAGCGGCAGGAAGGCGGUCGACUCUGCAACCGGUGCACAACGGCUGAUUAUAGGUGGGUAAUGGAGGCGGCGGAAUGGGCGAGAAGGCCUCAUAAACACCCAGUGGAUGCCUGGGAACAAAAGAUAUUAGAAGGGGAGAACUUGCAGUUACGAAACUCAAACUCAACAUCACAUGAGGAUCUAAUGCAGUCACCCAAUUUAUUAUAACCUGAAUAUCGUUGGAUUUUGAACACGGACGUUGAAAACACCAUUCACAGUUGGGAGGAACCAUACAUUUGUUCUGGUGUUAGGAGGGGAAGAUUUACAAAUGGGAACUAAAACCAAUUAUCAAGAUCGGACAGAGUCACUCGAUUCAUCAGGACCUGAAUAUCAUUGGUCUCUGAACAUGGAAGGAGAAACGUUUGUCCACGUGAAGAGAUUUCAAACAUCAGUGUGACUGGAAAAGCAGCAAGACGCACACACCCGAGUGAGAGUGUUCCAGUACACAGCCUGAAAAGAAUCACACCGUUCACAGCGAGGUGAAAAUGUACAAGUGUUGUGUGUGUGGACAAGGCUUCAACUGAUCUUCCAAGUUGGAGAGACAGAAGUACACCAGCACCAUGGAGAAACCAUGGAAAUGUGGGGACUGCGGGAAAGGAUUCAAAUACCAAUCGCGGCUGGAAACUCAUCGACACAUUCACACUGGGGAGAGACCAUUCCCCUGCUCCUUGUGUGGGAAGGGAUUCACUCGGUCAUCCGACCUUCUGAGACACCAACUCACUCACACUGAGGAGAGGCCGUUCACCUGCUCCAUGUGUGGGAAAGGAUUCAUUAAUUCAUCAGACCUUCGGACACACCAGCGAGUUCACACUGGAGAGAGGCCAUUCACCUGCUCCGCCUGUGGGAAGGGAUUCGCUCAGUCAGCCCACCUGCUGGCCCACCAGAGAGUUCACACUGGGGAGAGGCCAUUCACCUGCUCUGAGUGUGGGAAGGGAUUCUCACGGUCAUCCCACCUCACUUCACACCAACUGGUUCACACAGACAAGAGACCUUUUAAAUGUUCUGACUGUGAGAAGAGCUUUAAAAGCAGGUCCCAGUUGCUGACACACCAACGCAUUCACACUGGGGAGAGGCCAUUCACCUGUUCCGAGUGUGGGAAGGGAUUCAUUCAUUCAUCCGACUUUUUAAUACACCAGCGAGUUCACACUGGGGAGAAGCCGUUCACCUGCUCCAUGUGUGGCAAUAGAUUCUCCCGAUUAUCCCUGCUCAAGGCACACCAACUGGUUCACACCGAUCAGAGACCUUUUAGAUGUUCUGACUGCGAGAAGAGCUUUAAAAGCAGGUGUAAAUUGCUGGCACACCAACGUACACACACUGGGGAGAGGCUGUUCACUGGCACCAGGUGUGGGAAGUGAUUCGUCCAUUCAUCCCACUGGGUGAGACACCAGCGAGUUCAGAAUUGACUGCAGGGGUUGGAUUCAGCUGUUGUUAAUCAUAUCCAGGACUGAACCCUGUUCAUUCUGAAAGUUGGCAUUUCUUUCUUGAUGUUAAUAACUGAACUGAAGUUUAAUAUUCUGGUUAUAUAUCAAAUAAAUCAGCUUUGUUUUAAAUA